GUUUAGCUUGGUUCCCCUAUAAAGAAACAGAGAACCAGUGUUUAUAUCGGAAGCUCUCUGAUUUUUCCCCAAGGUAAUGGCAACUCCUUCAACAAGACAAAUCACAAGAGCACCAGACAAAGGCAUUUUUCCUUUGGACCAUGAAGGUUUAUGCAAACAAGAAAUGAGGCAGUACAUGAAGUGCCUAAUGUCUAAUAACAGGGAAAAUGCAAAAUGCAGAUCAGAGGCCAAGUCAUAUCUUCAAUGUAGAAUGGAUAAUGAUUUGAUGCAGAAAGAGGACUGGAAAAAUUUAGGAUUUCAUGAAGAAGAUAAUGUGAAAAAUCCAACUUGAUGACAUUUAGCAAAUUUGUGUCAUUUAAACAUUUUUCUGUGAUAAGGUCAAUGUGAGAUAUAUAUGUAUAGUAAGAUACUCAUAUUUUAUGGAUAGAAACAUGUCAUAUUUUUAGUCUCUGUAUGGACUAUUUCAUAUCAAAUGAUUCAAAAUAAAAUUUAUAAUUGUU